CCUAAUACAUAGCCUAUACCAACCACAACAACUUCCCUUCCCUACCCAAUAUGUCUGCCCAAAUUACCGUCACGCUUUUCGAGGAGGAUGAGAACUUCGCCAAACUCGUCGUACAACACCUCCUGCCCGAGUAUGAUGUGGUACAGGUCUGCCACAACCGUAGAAACGUGAUGAUGGAGUUUGAUUUGGCCUAUGGCGGCGAUUUGGAAGGAAAUCAUGACAUCUGGGGCUGCGGGAGCAACGCGGAGCGCGAGCCCGGCGAGCGCAAGGCGCCGCGCGCCAUCAUCUUCAGGCCCGAACUCACCGAGGAUUUCCUCAACGCCAUGCAGAACCAAGUCUUCCAGUCCAAGGCCGGGGGUGCCGUCGUCGCGAUUCCCAGGCAGCUGGGCGCCCACGACGACAUGGCUCGCAUACUGAGAAUUAGGCAGGCGCUGGAUGAGCAAGUUGCUAACGGGGCCUUCUCGGAGCCGAGUAAACCCGCGCGCCGCUGCCUAGGUACCUUGGUUAUGUAGCUAGCGAGAGAGCGGCCCGGUCCGUCCGCCUCGUGCCUGGGGACUCGGUUGAGUAGCGGAUUUCAACGGCAGCACAACUUCCCACCCGCUUCCACUGCCC